UCAGUGUGAUACGUACUACUUGGCCAUACGCGUUCGUUUCGAGUUUCGGCUCGAUUGCGUGUUUCAUUUGGUGUAUCGUUUUACAAACACGUUUACAAUCCACCAUGUUAUUGUAGGUGCGGUGCAAGAAAAAAAUUUGCAAGAAUAUCGUACAAUUAUUUUAAAAAAUAAUCACGUUCGUAUAUCGUAACGUAAUUAAUCUCCCGUUAAAAACGUGAUUACGGUCAUGUGACUGACGCUGAAAGAGUGAGGCUACUCAGUGACAAAGAUUAAGCCGGAUGUCAUUAGUUGGGUAAUUUGUGACACAAGUGAUUCAUGUAUUUUGCUAUGUAAUUAGCUUAAUCUAAUCUAAUAUAAUCUACAAGGCCCGUUAAUUUAUCGUCAUCGAGAUAAAAAUAUCGACUGAGUAAAAAUGAAUUCGUAUGGAUGGAACAAAGAAAUAUCCGAGCCGGAAUUUGUGCGACAAGAAACAAAAAAGAUAGAGCUAGGAGAAAAAGGUUCCGGCUUCAGACCACGAGGAGCGAUUCAAGAUUUUAAUACGCUGAGACGAGAAUGCCUAGCGACAGGACGAUUAUUCGAGGAUCCUGAAUUCUUAGCCGAUGAUUCAUCGCUAUAUUUUUCCCGCAGACCGGAUAGAUAUAUAGAAUGGAAACGACCAAUGGAAAUUGUAGACAAUCCUCAACUUUUUGUAGAAGGUUUUUCAAGAUUCGACGUUCAACAAGGAGAGUUAGGAGAUUGCUGGUUGCUAGCCGCCGUAGCAAAUUUGACAAUGCAUUCGAAUUUAUUCUUUCAAGUAGUACCAGAAGAUCAGAGCUUCGAGGAAAAUUACGCUGGAAUCUUCCAUUUUAGGUUUUGGCAAUAUGGAAGAUGGGUUGAUGUGGUAAUUGAUGAUCGAUUGCCUACCUGUCGCGGAGAAUUGGUAUAUCUCCAUUCGGCUGAAAGUAACGAAUUUUGGAGCGCUCUUCUCGAGAAAGCAUAUGCGAAACUUCAUGGCUCUUACGAAGCAUUAAAGGGUGGCACAACCUGCGAAGCUAUGGAGGACUUUACUGGUGGGGUAACGGAAAUGUAUCAAAUGGAUCAAACACCGCCAAACUUAUUUAACAUACUGUUAAAAGCCUUUGAGAGAAAUUCAUUAUUGGGUUGCUCCAUCGAGCCUGAUCCAAACAUAUUAGAGGCUGAAACACCUCAGGGGUUGAUACGCGGUCACGCAUACAGCAUUACCCAUGUAAAGCAUGUAGAGAUUCAAACACCGAAUCAACACGGUACUAUACCUCUCUUGAGACUUCGAAAUCCUUGGGGAAACGAAGCGGAAUGGAAUGGACCUUGGAGUGACCAAUCACCGGAAUGGAGAUUUAUCCCCGAUCAUGAGAAGGAAGAGCUUGGUCUGACUUUUGAUAUGGAUGGCGAAUUUUGGAUGUCAUUUCAUGAUUUUACACGCCAUUUCACUCAACUCGAGAUAUGCAACUUAAAUCCCGAUUCCUUAACUGCAGACGACAUCGAUGCUGGGAAGAAACGCUGGGAAAUGAGUGUAUUUGAGGGAGAAUGGGUGCGUGGUGUAACAGCGGGUGGUUGUAGAAAUUAUUUAGAGACUUUCUGUCACAAUCCGCAGUAUCGUAUCACAUUAGAAUAUCCAGAUGACGACGAUGACAAGUGUACCGUAAUUGUUGCCUUGAUGCAAAAAAACAGGAGAGCGCAAAAAAGAAUGGGUGCAGAUUGCCUCACUAUCGGAUUCGCUAUAUAUCAUUUGGAAUAUCCAGAAAGACUGCCAAAACCGCUAGACAUAAACUUUUUCAAAUACAAUGCGUCUGUUGGACGUUCACCGGCAUUUAUAAACUUACGGGAAGUCACGUGUCGUUUCAAAUUACCACCGGGCGUGUACUGCAUAGUUCCAAGUACUUUUGACCCAAAUGAGGAGGGUGAAUUCUUGCUGAGAAUCUUCUCUGAAAACAAGAAUAAUAUGGAAGAAAACGACGAAGAAGUUGGUAUCGGAGAAGUCGACGAUAGGGUAAUUAAUUCUGUGAGCGGUAAAGAGGAGCAUGAUGAAGAUAAUGUUCGUGAUGAACCGGAACAAGAUCGCAAUACUGAAAAAGUUAGAGAAUUCUUCAAAAAACUUGCUGGUGAUGACUUGGAAGUGGAUUGGAUGGAACUCAAAGACAUCUUAGAUUUCGCUAUGAAAAAAGAAUUACUACAGUUGGCGCAUCAUAGCGAGGCAAAUGUUCCCGAAACUAUUGAAGGAAAUGAUUCAUUUGUCAACACUCUCAUCUCACUGUUAUGCGGCAUUAUUUGUAAUAAUGAACAAUACAAUAAGCCUAUAGACACUCAUGAUAGAGGAUUCAGCAAAGAUAUAUGUCGCAGUAUGGUUGCUAUGUUGGAUGCAGAUCACUCUGGGAAACUCGGGUUUGAAGAAUUUAAAACAUUGUGGAAUGACAUUAGAAAGUGGAGGGCUGUUUUUAAACUAUACGAUAGAGAUGAAUCAGGAUAUUUAAGUGCAUUUGAAUUAAGACAAGCGUUAAAUAGUGCAGGAUAUCGUUUGAACAAUCAUAUUCUUAACAUUUUGGUUCAUCGUUAUGGCACUAAAGAUGGCAGAAUUACUUUCGACGAUUUUAUAAUGUGUGCAGUCAGGCUUAAAACAAUGAUUGAUAUUUUCAGAGAGAGAGAUCCAGAUCAAACCAACACAGCUACGUUUACAAUGGAAGAAUGGAUAGAAAAAACUCUCUAUUCAUAAUUGAAUAUUAAUUUGUAUUUAUCAUAUUUACUUUUACCUUAAACUCGAGAAUUUUUUUGAUAAUGAACUAUACGAUCAUAAACAAUAGCAAAUGAAAAGUAUUUGUUUACACGAAAAGCAACAAGAAUAAGCACUUUUAGAUUACAAUAUCUGAGGAAAUUGUAUAUACGUUUAUGUAUGUAUUUGUAUAUACAAUUUUCCUUUGUACAUAUUAUAUUUGAGUCUCAUGUGCAUACGAGGUCUAUUAAUUCUCGCUUUUUCGAAUUGAUAUUAUUGAACAAGAGAACGUCCAUUUAAAGAUCUAUAGUAUAUAGUUAAAAAAAAACAAUUACAUACACACACAUAUAUAUUAUUUGCAAUUUAUCAAUUUAUAUAAUUAUGUGUAGUUAUUGUGUGCCUUAACAUGUUCCAUACAAUUUCAGCAUUACUAAAAUUUAAAUAUAUAUAGCUAAUAUACAUAUAAUUUAUUGAAAUAUGCGUGUGUGUAAGCUAAUCUAUAUAUUUUUGCAAAUUUUCAAUGUAAGUACGCAUAAAGUAGCAAUUACAAAGAAAAUGUUUUAAUAAUUUAAUCUUCUAUUUUAAUAUAAAAAUAGUACGACGAUAAUCAUAUAUAUGCAGCAAACAGAGAAAUAAGUAAACAUAAAUGCAUAUGGUCAAAUGUUGCAAAAGUACAAUUAUAGUAAAUAUUAUAUUUUUUAUUAAUAUUUUGCAUCCAAUAUACUAAAUAAACUUUGUAUACACAUU